UUUGGCCAGCGUGGGGGUUGUGCAAGCGCUGGCCAGGACGAACUUCCUUCCUCGCCUGGUCCGAAAGAAAAUAUAUAAAUGGGGACUGUGAUCAGCUUCCAGACGUAUCAGCUUCAGGUCGUCGAGCGCAGAGGUUUCUAUCACAAGCUUUUCUAACGUCGACAUUAUGAUUCCUACAACAAACGCGCUGCUUAUUUGUGUGCUUUUCCUCUGCGGGCUGGAGGAAACGGUCCUCUCCCAGCACGGACAUUGCACCGAGAAACAAUGUUUUGCGCUUUUCCUGGAGUCCAAGGACUUUCCAAGCGCACAGAAAAGAUGCAAGGAGUUUGGACAGUUAUUUGAGUUCAGUUUAGAACACCUAGAGAAGAUAUUUAAGAGUAUACCCAGCGGGCUCAGCGGUAGUUACUGGCUGGAUCUGCAUGGCACCGGCAGCAAAACAGGUCUCCAAAAAUGCUCCUCCAUCUCCGUGUCGACGGAACGGAACUUCACGGUGUUGUCGGAGCCGUGCAGUGAAAACCUGAGCGGAUUCCUGUGCCAGUAUACACUCCAGGGGAAGACUUGCAGUGGGCUGCAGGCAGGCGGAAGCGUACAGGUGAAGUACUUCUCGCACAUGAACUUCGAGGUGAAAGACUCCGAAACGUUUCCAGAAGGAACCACCGCUGUAGCGGAAAAGCCUGGCGCCAAAUAUCCGCACUCGAAGCAUUUGUGUUUCUCGAAGCAGUGGCUGCCAGCUCCCUGGAUAUGUGAGGUGCUGGGGGGCGGCUGUGAGCACAACUGCAAUUCCACAACGAACACCUGCCUUUGCCCCGCCGGGCAAACUCUCCGUCCCAACAAAAUCAGCUGCACCGCGGAUCCGUGCGCCGGGUGCGCGCAGGGGUGCCAGCAGGAGGGCGACACCCAUGGGUGCAAGUGCUUGGAAGGCUACAGGCUGGCGCAGGACGGGAGUAGCUGUGUGGACGUGAAUGAGUGUGAUGAGGAGAACCCGUGCACAGGUGAGGGGACACAGUGUGAGAACACAAAGGGAGGGUUCGAGUGCAGGUGCAAAGAGGACUUUGUUGAAGAGGAUGGAGUGUGUGUGAAUGUUUCGAUCUGUGCCAACUGUGAGCACAUGCUGUGUGAUAAAGUCAGUGGGGUGUAUGGGUGUGUGUGCCGGAAGGGGUACAAGGUGUCAGCCAGAGAUCCCACCAAGUGUGAGAGGAACUGCACAGAGAGAGACUGUCCGGCAAAGUGCAUCCCAAACCCUGACAUUGUCCAGAAGGACUUGCUUCAGUGUUUCUGCCCUGAUGGGUACAUUCUAGAUGUGACCAACACCACCACCAUUUGCACCGACAUCGAUGAAUGUGAGACUGAGAAGCCGUGUGAUCACAAGUGUGAAAAUCUAAAUGGUGGUUUCACAUGUCUGUGCAACAAGGGGUUCAAGCUGCACAAAGGGUACAAGUGUGUGUCCAUUGAUGAGGAGGUGGAGGAGGAGGAGGAAGGAUCAGGCUCCACUCCUCCAUACCCCACGCUGGCCGGUGCUCACCCAGCCGCAGUGCCCUCUUAUGUGAAGACCGGCAGCGUCCUGGGUAUCACUGUGUUCCUGGUGCUGUUAAUGGCCCUGCUGUUUUUCCUGGUCCAUAACGCGAUCAAACGUUGCGGCAAAUUUCAGCUUCAUUCCUUCAAACAUCCAAAUAUCGACAUUUUCUACCUGCAGCAGGUGACCACAGAGACGUAUAAGAGGUUGUCCUUCGACAAGCCGUUUAAAAACGACCCGCAAAUACUUUAAUAGCACCUGUGAGGAAGUGUGCUGCUUUUUGGACCUUCUCCUCGUGUCACAUUGCACUGGUUUUCCUCUGAGACGUCAAAUGUACAAUAUAGAACCUUAAUUGGAAACUUUGAAAGCAGCAACCAAUCACAUACUGUAGGGUCAUAGUCCACAUCACAUUUGAAAACGCACAUUUAAUAGGGUUGCGACUGAUGAUUAUUUCAUUUUCGAUUAAUCUGUCGACCUUUUCCCAAAGAACCGAUCACUUGUUUGGUCCAUACAAUGGUUAAGAUGUUGAUCACAGUUUCUCGAAGCCCGAGGUGAUGCCCUCUUGUUUUGUCCACAACCCAAAGAUAUUCACUUUACUGUCACAGAGGACUCAAGAAACCAGAAAAUAUUCACAUUUGAGACACUGAAAUCAGAGAAUUUAUCAAAAUAGUUGGCGAUUAAUAAAAUAGUUGACAAAUAAUGAAUUAAGUGACUAAUUAAUUGCAGGUCUAACACAAAAUAGAGAUAUGGGACUUUAAAAGAAGACAGCGUAAUACAUUAUGUGUAUAUGGAACUGUGCUUUAUUUGCCUUAUAGUUAUACCCUGUAACAGAAUGUUUAGUAUUUUUUAAUUUGGCAGAUAUUUGGAGUUUUAUAUAUCAUAAAUAAUAGUAUAAUGGUACUUGUGCAGUCUCAAAUCCAACAAAUAAACCUUUUAUUUAUGUAAGGAUGGGAUGAAAGACAAGACUCUCUCAUGACAGAACCAGUUUUAUGUUCGAUUUCACUUUGUUGCUGUCUAAUUACACUGUAAUCACACCGCACUGUAAUCAAGCUCUUUAAUGUAAAAAAAAUGUGCCUGAGCCCUUGCUCUGCGUUUUCAGUUAUACUGCAAGUAAUGUAACAUUCCACAAAUUGGUUAUAGUACACACUGUAUUUUUGAACUACCUACUGUAAGUUAAAACUAUAUGUUUUUUAUCUUUUGGUAAAAGAACACUUUAAGCGUUCGUAUAGAUGUUGUUCUCUUUAGUCAGAUGCACAUUAAUUAUCACAGUGACUCACUGUGACUGAUGGUUUUGCAUUUGGGUUUAUGACGUUUGAGACAGACACCGAAUAUGUAGUUUGGAAUCAGACCACUGUUGGUUUUGGGAUGUGUUAGUUGCUAUGGGAACUGUUUGUGAUGCAUACUGACUGAUGUCAUAGUCAAGCUUUUACAGACCAUUUACACAUGCAAAGACCUGAUGGUAUAUAUUACAAACUGACAAACCCAGACUCUGUCCAAUGUUUAGUUUAUCUUUGGGUGCAUACUUUAGGGAAAUAAAGCCCACAUUCUGUUCCAUCUAAACAAUCUUGUCACCACAUGGCUUGAUUUGGACACAAAUCAUUCUAAGACAUUAUACUAUACUGCAUAUAGUGCCUAACAAAACAGGAACUGUUCAAUUGGUUUAAGUGCAUCCGGUCAUAAAAAAUGUAAGUCGCUGAUAAUGUCACAGUGCUGUACUGGCUGUACAGUCUGACAUUUACAUGAGGUUCAAUGUUCUUAACUUUACUGUAUAACAGGCUGCUCUUGGUGCCUCAGACAGGCUUUACUACGAUCUACUAAACAUGAAUGUAAAACUGUGCUGCUAUGGUCUCCGUAUAUGUAAACACAUUUUCCUUCAUCACUACUUGUCUGUAAAACUGAUGAUUUUGCGUUGGUGAAUAUGUCAGUAUUGAGUGAUAAAUUAAAAAGACUAAAAGCUG